AUGGGACAGCGUGCGCCUGCCAAGAAGCUGGCAUCUGAGCUGCUGCGGCGCCAUUACCAAGUCGGCCGGCCGCAGCUCAGCGUAGGUGAUCACCAACCUUAUCUGGACAAUCUGGGUGUGGUGCACUGGCCGCUACUGUUGGUGUACCCGGAAACCAUGCAGAUGGAUGCGGUGGAGGAUGCCAGCGAGCAGGACACCCUGGGCGACCACCUGGACGUGAUGUUCUCCCCAGAGGCUCCACCGUUGGAGUGGGACAGGGACCAUGAAUACACUCGUGUCAACAUCGAGGCUUACUACCUAUCGCAUGCAGCCGAGGCGCUGUCCCUGGGAGAACUUGCUGAGGCGCUGCACAGCGGCUGGCCAAAGAGCAAAGACGAAGAAGCCAUGCCGAGCCCUUAUGGGAAGCAUGCUGCCAAGUGGGUGCGCGUUGCUGAGGAGCAGAGCCUGCAGGAGAUCCUGCAUGAGCCUGGCCAUGUCAUCCCUGGAGUACCAGUCUUUUUCAUUGUUGCCUCAGGCAGCAGAUACCGUGAUUCGUUCCUCUCAGAAGACAGACCGAUCUUGUAA